AACCAGCUGGAUAUUUUCAAAGUCCAAUGCAAACCGUGCCAGGAUAUUAUGGAGAUACUUCUCAUAUGCAAUACCACCAACCACAGCAAACACAACCGAUAGUAAUUCCAACCCAGCAAACACCACAACAAGCCCCACAGCACCAACAACAAGUUAAUAGUGGUUCAAGCACAAGGAAUCGAAGCAAAGUAAUAAUUAGAGACCCAAACACACUCGCUGAUGUUACGAGUGAUGUGUUACAACAACCAAAGAAGGAAGGAGGGGCGGCUACUGGGAGGUCGAGCGCUACUCCGACCCCACCUGGUCAAACAGUCCAAAACAGUGACCAACAAAUAGUUGCUCAGUUUGCUGCUCAAGUUGCUGCUGCUGCCACUGGAAGUCCGGGAAGGUCGCCGGCUCCUCCUGCUCACGUGCCGAUGUCCACAGCCCCAGUACGAGCCACCCCCGUCCAUUUUCACCCACCCUCUCCACAGCAAAGAGGUGGCCAAGCCAAUGUUGUUAUACCAAGUGGAGUAGAUACAUCUCUGCCACCUCCUACUAUGCCACCCAAUAUGAACGUCCCUCCCCCUGAUAUAACUAUGCAACCAGCGACCCCCCAAACCUACGUUGCCCCUCUCACAACCCCCGCUGCCCCACGUCCAACCCCCGAGCAAUCAUACCAGGAGCCCCCGUCGAAAACCGCCACCCCAGAGGUGCGAACACAAAUGCACAAGUCGGCGCCACCGGACGUGGUGCCACAAUCCGUGCCAAUUGUCACGAAACGCACAGAGCAGCCCGUGCCGGUUGCCGUCGUGCAGCCACAACAACAAACCAACAACAGCUCGACAGCUUCUGUCAUUAACGACGCUUUGGAAAAAGAAGCGGAACUAAAACCGGAACCAAAAGAAGAGAAAAAGGAAGAAGGAGCUCCGGACUUGAUCUCUAACACAGCUGUUGAACUGACAUUAGAAAAAAUAAACGACACUGAUACUAGCGAUGUAAAUGCGAAGGAAACUUCACAAAAUAUUGAGGAGAAAAUUCCCGAAGAAAAUAAAGUUGGGGAUGCCCCUGUUAUAGGGAAGGAUGUUGAAACUGUAAAGGAAGAAACCAAAGAUGAGAUUUUGGAGAAAAAGUCGAUAAAAGAAGAGGAGAUUGCUCCUAAAGUUGUAGAGGCUGUAGCUCCCUCUAUAACAGUCACAUCUGCAUCACCUGUCGUGCAGAAGAUGGAUUUAAAAUCGGAGGAAACGCCCCCGAAAGUUGUCGAAUCAAACCCCAAAGUUGAAGUGGUUGAAACACCUAAGGAGAGCAAAGUGGAAGCUGAGAAGAAAGAAGAAGAAAUAAAGAAACCACAAGAGACUGUGACCCCAGUUGUCAAAGCUCCAGUAAAAGAAGUCACGAAAAGCGAUUCAAAUCCUAAAACUCCUAAACCAAGUGAAGCAGACAAGAAAGAUGAGAAGUUACAAUAUGCUGAAGAUCAAUGGAGUCCUUUAAACCAAGAAGGAAAGAAAGUUUACAAUCGUUCGUUUCUACUUCAGUUCCGAAACCUUUCCCUGUCUAAACCUCAAGACCUCCCUAAUAUAGAUGAUAUUGUUAUGGAUAGACCGAACCCCAAGGCAGCGUCCCAACUUCCCUCGUACGACGGGAUGUUCCGCGGUGAUCGACAAAUGCCCGACUUUACCCCCAAGUAUUUGAACCAGGGGGGGCAUGGAAGGUCGACAUCCCGUGGCAUGCGUGGCCCCCAAAGAUCGGGGGGUUACCAACACCAACACCAGGGCCCCCCUUCCCAGCCUAAGGUCGUCAUAAAGAAGGUUUCCAUACAACGAGAGGACGACCCAUUAGUAAGGAGCGAAAACGCUUGGAAGCCAAGCAAAUUAGAUUCGAAAGCGACAGAUUUAUCAGAAGAAGAACAACAGACUGCGGAGAUUCUUCGUAACGUUCGUGCGAUACUUAACAAACUGACGCCACAGAAGUUUCAACCUCUUCUACAGAAAGUACAAGCAUUGGAUAUUAACACAGAAGUGAGGUUACGUGGGGUCAUUGACCUCAUAUUUGAAAAGGCGAUCGACGAACCAAGUUUUUGCGAACCUUACGCCAACAUGUGUCGUAUGAUGUCACAGUUCCGUGUCAGCUCGGCACCGGGUUCGGGGUCAAACACAUUCGAGUUCCGAAAGAUUCUUCUCACUAGGUGUCAGCGUGAGUUUGAAAAAGAUCGAACGAAUGAAGAAGCGUUGAACGCGCUGAAAGUAAAGAUUGAAAACGCUGAAAAACCGGAGGUGAAACAACAAUUAAACGAUGAUCUUGAACUUGAGACAAUGAAACAACGGCGUAGAAUGUUGGGAAACAUUCGGUUUAUUGGGGAGUUGUUUAAACUUAACAUGUUGACCGAGUCGAUCAUGCAUAACUGUAUCAUGUCAUUGUUCCGAGCUCGCGACGAAGAUUCACUCGAAUGUUUAUGUCGGUUGCUGAAUACGAUCGGCAAAGGUUUGGACCAUGUGAAGGGAAAGGUAGGUUGUGAUCUCUAUUAUAGGGUGGUGGGCCUGGCUAAUAGUGGAUAGUUGGGUUACACUUCU